AUGGCGGGCAAAUACAAGGACAAGGACGGCGGCGUCGUCCUCAGCUUCGGCGGCCACUGGGUCAGCUGGGCGCAUACCGUCGUGGCCUAUGCUGCUUUUCUGAGCGCCUUUGUCGUCGGUGUCGGGCUACACUACCGCAAGAUUGUCCAGAAUGAGUUCUACGGAUACCCCGACGAAUGGUUCCCCUCCGUCUCAGCGACGAUUGGCGAUCGAUACCCCGAGCGAUCCUUCUUUAUGAUCUUCAUUGCUAUAACCUCCGGCCCUCGCUUCGCUCUCGUCGGCUUGUGGUAUCUCCUGACGCGGAAGCCCGGUUCCAAGCUCCCCGGCUUCGUUGCCAGCAUGGGCUUCCUGCGCACUCUCACUUGCGGUGGCUGGACCUACAUCACCUCGACCGACGACCACGACUGGCAUGACAUCUUGAUGAUUUCCUACAUUGUCGCCACCCUGCCCUGGACAACCGGCUGCAUCGCCUUGAGCCCUGCCAACCCGCAGGCCAUCAAGUACCGCAAGUAUCUUGCCGGCGCCUUCUUCGGCACCCUCGUCCCUCUGGUCUACUUCUUCAUUCGGCACAAGGUCCAUCGUGUUGCCGGAGCUUACACCAUCUAUGCCUUCUUUGAGUGGGCCUUGAUCCUCUUUGAUGUGGCAUUCGAUGCCGUCACCGCUCUCGACUUUGACACUUUUGAAGUCGUGGUAAGAGAUGUCAAGGGAUCAAGCAAGGGUGACAACUUUUCGUCCGUGCCGUCUGCCGUCUUGGAAAAGGAGAAGCACAAAGCAACCGGCGGCGUCUUUGCCCUCCGUUUUACCUGGUCUGAGGCACUGGAUACCGCAGCCUGUGUCUACCACGGCUUCAUCUUCUGGACUAUGCUGACCAGCUUGGGUCUUCUUGUUUGGUACUUCCCCCUCUGGCACAUGGGAAUUUCCGGCUAUGAAGCUUUCGUCAUGGUUUCCGUCUCUCCGGCUCUUCUGGCCGGCCCACUCCGACCCGUCAUUCUGGGCAACCUUCGCAUCAUCCACUUGCUCUCACUUGCCGGCGUCGCGGCAUAUCUGGUUGUAAACCCGGUCUACCGCCUCUUCAUCGUCGGCUUCGGCGUUGCCAUGUCGACUUUGGGCUGGGUUGCGUCGCUCCAUGCCGAGUCUGCCCACGAAGUCCGGUUCGAGUCCAAGUUACUCGGGCUGAUGGUGGGCCUAAUCCUAUCCUCGACGGCCAAGUUCGCCUGGCAGACAAAUAACCCCGUGUGGCCCGUCAUGCAUGCUGCCAAUGGCGGCUGGAACGCCACUGGCCUUGUCCUUGGUCUCUUGGCUGCGCUGCGAUUCACGCGCAAGGCGCCCCUGACGAGCGGCUCCCCGCCAGGAGGGAAGCAGGGCGGCUCCGCGGCCCUUGCAGCCUGCGGAGUUGGCGGCCUGUUCUUUGGUCUUCACUCCCUCCUCUCUGAUACAAGCACCAUGAUAUUAUGGGUGUGGGAAGGGUUCCCCAUCCGCGGCCCCUACUUUUCCACCCAUGGCUGGAUCACUGUCGCUGCCAUGUCGGCCGGCCUCUUUGUUGGCAUCUCGAGGCCUGCGCUGGCGGGUAGCUGGCGGCAAUAUGCCGUGGGCAAACUUGGCGCCAUUGUGUUGACUUUAUUCAGCCAUUGGCUGGGGUACUUUGGAGGCGUAGUCCUCGCUGCCUAUCUGAUGGCCGUCUCGGUACCCCUGAUUUCCACAGCGUCCAAGAAAAGCCCGGCCGUGACGUUUGGGCUGGGCUUUUUCAUCUACGUCUUCUUGGUUCUGUUCCAUGUCUGGGUCGUCGCCUACGCCUUUGUCCCCGGCGGCCCUCUUGUGCGCGAACAUACCGACUGGAUCAUGGUGGCGAUGAUGGGGUUCAUUGGUGCAGGCGUCUUCAACUUUAAUGCCUCGCAGCCGAAGCGCCAGCAGCCUCGGCGGUCUUCCCAGUCGCAGCACAAGAAGUACUACGGCGUGUCUGCGCUCGUCGUCAACAUUCUCUUUUUGUGCGCGGCUUUCAUGCGGUUCCCUACCAACGACUACAAGCCGUACCACCCGCAAGACCGUGUUUUGACUGCCGGUAUCUGGACCAUUCACUUUUCUCUGGAUAAUGACAUGUGGUCUUCCGAGCACCGCAUGCGCGACCUGAUCAAGGAGAUGGAGCUGGAUGUCGUCGGCCUCUUGGAGUCGGACUUGCAGCGCAUCAUCAUGGGCAACCGAGACACGACGCAGUUCCUCGCAGAGGAUCUCGGCAUGUACGUCGACUACGGGCCCGGACCCAACAAGCACACCUGGGGUGCCGCCCUGCUGUCCAAAUUCCCCAUUGUCGAGUCCAAGCACCACCUCCUGCCCAGCCCGGUGGGCGAGCUGGCGCCGGCUAUUCAUGCAACGCUCGACGUUUACGGUGAACUGGUCGACGUCUUCGUCUUCCACUCGGGCCAAGAGGAGGAUCCCGAGGACCGGCGCCUGCAGUCAGAGUAUCUGGCCAAACUCAUGGGUUCGACACCUCGCCCGGCAUUCCUCCUCAGUUACUUGGUGACGAAGCCCCUCGAGGGCAACUACAACACGUACGUCAGCGACAAGUCGGGCAUGCACGACAUUGACGCGUCGGACUGGGACCGCUGGUGCGAGUACAUCCUGUACAAGGGCCUCAGGCGCGUGGGCUACGCGCGCGUCAGCCGCAGCACCAUUACCGACACGGAGCUGCAGGUUGGCAAGUUUGUCAUCCCGCAGUCUUCGUCAGAGGCGGCACAGCUGGAGGCGCGGCCGUCGGAGCAGCGCGACCGCCGCGUGCAGGAGUCUGAGGUGCCCGAGGGAUGGAGGUUCCCGAGCCUGUUUAGGGGCGAGGGCGUGAGGGGCCACCGAUACCAUGUGUUUGAUGAGCCGCGGUACUACAACUGA